CUCCUCCUGUCUUCUGAGUCCAUAACAAACAAGUCGCAGAUAAGCGGACUAGCACGACCCUUGCUUGGGUAGAGUCCACUGAAACCCUUCAACGUGACUCUUUAUGUACACGGGACUGUCAGGAAAACCUUUCAUUCCUGGGACUGAAUGAGCUGUGCGUAAUUUGGAGACGAAACGCUUGAACUUUUUGAGGACUUUUUGAGACAUUAACGCUGAUGGGACAUGGCCAUGGCCUCUACAUCAGCAUCCACAUCAGGACCGACUUCGGGGUCCGACUCGGAGGCUUCUCGUCUGGGAGGCAUUGAGGCAUGGAAGCUGAAGGUGGGUCCAGUGAGGAGGAACCUCUUUGGGCCCGUUGACCACCAGCAGCUGCAGAAGGACUUCCAGCGACUGCUCUGCAUGAGCGUGGAGGUGGCCAACAAGCGCUGGAACUUUGACUUCCAGAGCGACGUGCCGGGGAAAGGCUCCAGCAUGGAGUGGGAGGCGCUGAGGUGCCAGGACGUUCCGGUGUUUUACCGCAGCUGUAUGGUGCAGCCGGUGGUGAGGCCUGCAGCCGAGACGACCAAAGGCAAGAGGUGGGCGUCGUCUUCGUCCAGCGAGGGCUCACCGGAGUCCAGCAGCUCGUCUGGGUCCGGUGACGAGUACCUGGAAGUGACCACAAGGGGGUGCUACCGGCUCCAACGGCCGGGGAAACGCAGACAGGCGGCCAUCACAGAUUUCUUCAAGGUGAAGAAGAGGAAGCUGCUGCAUUACAAAGUAUCGUCUCGGCAGUAGAAGAAAAGCACAACGAGACCCGGUGGACGAUCACCAAGUGGUCGACUUCCUUCACGCGUCACCUCACCGUCAUCCUUUUGUAUAUAUGUAGCAAUUUGUAAGUGACUGUCCACAAGCUCACACGUGUGGGCUUAGAAACCUCUGACACCACAUAUCUUUUCAGCACAAGAAAGCUACCAUUUAACAGCUUGGACUUUAGAAACGGUUUUUGUGGAUAACUAUAUAUAGUGUAUAUUCUCUAUACUGUUUUACUCAGCUUUUGACUAUACUGUGAAAUAAUUUUGAGUGCACUCUUGAAAAGUAUUCAGGCUUUAGCCCUUGACCUUUUUUUUCCCCUCCCUCCUGUCAUAAGAGGUUUUGAUUAGACCAGUUACUAUUCCUGGAACGACACGUAGCUUUUUAGCCUCGGCCCUGACAGCUCGAGUUGAGCCGGGGGUCGAAACCUCGCCUCAAGGGUUCAAAGUUCAGCAGCGCGACUGCGAUUACCUCCAAGGUUAGAGGUCAGUGGUGGAGGUUUCAGCUCCUGAGGUGAAGCGGUCGAACCUGUACGAGAAAAUUGUGAGCAAUAAUAAUAAUAGUAAAGUUUCACAUGUGGCUAUUUAUUUAUUAUUCGCGAUGCUAGGUCGUCGUUAAAAAUAAAAUAUAAAACAUAGUAAAACGAGGUAAGAUAAGGUCUUUGUAAGACGCCAUCGCCCCCCAAAUUAUGCCUUGUGGCUCUUCGACACUCCACCGUUGCCACCCUAAAAGUAUCGGCCAUUUUCCACCGUAACACCGUAACAAACUAUAUUCUCUUUUUGCUUUGUAUUAUUUGCAUAAUGGGGUUGUAAUGUUAAUGGCGACAGACCGAAACAUAUCAUGUGGUAUGUUUUCGUCAGCUUUAUGCUUUAAGUAAUGUAGCAUUUUUCCACUCUUUGUCUUCAUGCGAUGAUGUCCACCUUGUAGUGUUUCAUUCACGCCUCUUUUCUCCAUGAAGGGAAUGUAGUGUUUUAUCACUGUGUUGCAGCUCAGAGGAAGCUAAAGUUUUUGGAUUCUGCCUUUGAUAAUUUUCCUUUAUAUAUAUAUAUAUAUAUAUAUAUAUAUAUAUGUAUGUAUGUGUGAAGAGUCUAGCUGUGUCAUAUUUUUCUGUCGCUGUGCAGUUUUAAUAGUGUUUGCUUUGUAUAUCUUUAUAUAUAUGUUUGCAUAGAAGUGUUUGUGUGUGAGUGUGUGUGUUUAGUUUCAGGUUUUUCAUGGGUUUUUAUGGCAGCUGAGGCAGUUGAACCAAAGGAAUUGUUGUGCCAUUAAAAUUGGAAACACUUUUUAUCAGUUAUGGGUCACAGGAAGUCAACAGAAGGUCAAGAUUAAUUUCGAACACUUUUAACCCUCAGAGCCCCACAGUUAGAAAGCCAAAAAGUCAUUAAAAAAACAGGCAAAACAAAAAGUAGAUUUUUCUGAAUUAUAUGUUUUACAGAAAAAUCUAAAAAUAAAUCAACAUGUACGACAUUUUUCAAUUGCCCAAAGACAUUAACAAUACUAGAGAAAUGAUUUUCAGUCUUGUUACCUGUUCGCACAGCCUGCAGUUCAAUCUAGUUUGGCUGGAAAAGUCCCUGAAUUUUUGCUUUGUGACUUUUAGUUCUACUUGAGUCACUUGUGGCUUCUUGGUUGAGCUGGGAACGACAGAAUUUUCCUUUUUUACAGACUCUCUUUCAUGUAAAUUGUUGUUUUAGGGACUUUUUACGUGAAACUUGUAAAAACGUUGUUGAAAUAUCCCAAUUUUUAAACUUACAUUUGGUUAAAUUUCCAACUUAACCAAACUUUUCAGCAGGAUUUGGGCUUCAGAGGGUUAAAAUGUCAGGCUUACAGUUUUUAACCCUCUUGUUGUCCUCAUUUACAGCACUGAAAAAUUCAGCAAAAAAAAUCCCAAAAUUUUUGACAAUUUGCAAAACCUUCAGGAAGGAAAUUCCAAUAAUUCCUUCAGAAUUUUCCUUAAAAGUUUUAUUUAAAGAAAAAUCCCCCAAAUGUGGCAAGAAACUUUUUGUGAAUAUUUUCAAAAAAUGAGUAAAAAACAUCUAAAAUAAUCAUAAAAAUAUCUAAAAUGAUUACAUAUAUAUAUCACUAAAACUUCUGAUAUUUUUGGCAAGAAUAUUCACAAAAAGAAUCAAACAAAAUUCAGUGAAAUUCGCUGGAUUUUGGUUGAUUUUUUUUUUCAUGAAUGUUCUUAAGAAACAUUUAUAUCAUUUCUUUUUUUCCACCAAAAAAUGUCCAAAGAUUUCCCAAAAAUAUUGAAAAUGUGGACAUCAGAAGUUCCACUGUGAAAAUAUCUUUUUUCCUCCCACAUUUUUAAACUUUAAAACGGGUCAGUUUUGACCCGCAGGACGACACAAGGGUUAAAAGGCUUUAUGUGGCCCAUAACACAAUCUUAACUUUUUUCCCUCACUACAGUAAUUGUAUUUUGUUUUUAUAUGGACAAGAAGCCAUAACCAGGGUUAAUCCGCUCUUUACUACCUCAUCACGUGAUUCAGUAACCGAAAAACAAUCACUGUAGCUCAGGUUGUUUGCAUCUACAGGCCACGAAAGAGAGACCGAGAGACGGACCAGUGUAGGGCCGGAAGGGUUAAAGCUUGUUAUUGUGUUGUGGUAAAAGCUGUUGAGGUUCAGCGCUUCGUGUCGAGUUUCACAUCAGGUAAAAGAGUCAGUGUGUCAGAGCUCGACGCAAAGGAAACCCCGGUCCCUGGAGGAGGGGGGGAGGUGGCCGGCUUUUGUUGUCGCUCUGCCUUGACAGCGGUUGGGGGGAGGACGACAGGGAAAAAGGGACGAACUUUCAUAGAAAACCUACAGGAGAGAAAAUGUCUGAGACCCUUUCUCGAUCAAAGGGUUCCUCCGGCCAGACGAGCGGCCUCAGAUUCAGACAUGCUUUUGUUUGGCCCUUUAAAAAGUCUCUCAGUCUCUCUUUUGUGAACCGGCUGCCUCAGUCUGUGUGAAAAAUCAGCAUGAAAGCAGUUGUUUGUAGUCAUGUUGCGCCUUUUUUUUUUUCAUCAUUCCAGAGUCAGAUUUAAAAAUAACUGACGUGAUUUAAAAAUUGUCAGCAUAUAUGUGUGUGUGUGUGUGUGUGUGUGUGUGCAUCUUUUCUCUCAAGACAAACUUUCAAAGCCUAUAUUAACUUAUUUGCAGUCUUUUGUUUUUUGUGGGGAAAUAAUUCUAAAUUCCCCUUUUUUUGUUGCUACAACUAAUUGUAUUUUUUUCUCUCCUGAAACUAUUUCUUUGCACUACUUUAACAUGUGGUUGACAAAAGAACUAUUUUUCUACAGUAAUCUUUAAAAAAAAAACAUUAAAGUCCUCAUUGAAAACGGAGACACAGAUGAGGCAUUUGUUGACAUUAAACCUCCCAUUAGACACUGUGGAGUGGAAAAAUAAAAAUCUCACUGUGUUCAAGCAAACUUUGCUUUCCUAAUUUACCUGUCGCAGCUGUAUCAAGGUGUAGCGUUUGCUCUUUUUUUGAAUUUGUAUAUGCAUGAAUGUAUGUUAAUAUUUGUUUACCAGUUGUAAUAAUUUUGUUGUAAUUUAAUACUGGUAUAUGUAUCCUUGCAACAUGUAAAUGUAUGAGAUGUUAUGAGAUCAAAAUCAGAUCUUUUUUUAAAAAUAAAAAAUAGGAAUAUUUGUAUAGAAAAUGUUCAGAGAUUCCGUUGCUGGGUUGUUGCUGCACUGUCAUCAUGUCAUAUAGUGUGUGCAAUUAAUAAAAUGUUAUAUUGAUAUAAGCCGUAAA